AUGGGAAAGAAUAAAUCGGUUAAAAAUGAAUUAUACCAAAAUAAUUUUGCAGACAUAAUCGAGGAAAAGAUGGAAUUUCUUUUAAAAAAUUGGGAGAAAAUAUUUGAGAAUAUUUUGGGAGAUAAAGAAGAUGUUAAAGAUAUUAAAGAAAUUUUCAAAAAUUCAGGACGUCAAUUUGUUGGGUAUUGCCUUUCCCAACGAUUUCUUGAGGCAUUUAAUGAAGAUGGGGGAGUUAACAUUAAAGCAUUCAUAGACAACAAUUCACUACAAAAAUAUGCUCAAAAACUUGCUAAAAUUGUUAAAAAUAAUCCUUUGGAUAUAAAUUUUUAUAAAUCAACAAAAGAAGUUAUCAAGAACUAUCUUGAUAAAAAAUGCAAGAACAAUUUACCAAAUGUUUUGAAAGACUGUCACUCAUUCAUUGAAAAUAUAUUUCAAAACUGGAAAGGGUAUUGUUCGAUUGAUAUUGAAAUUUUGGAAUUUGAAAAUUUUGAAGAAAUUGAGGUAAAAAAUGAAAAUUAA